GGGGGCCCAACACCCAGGGGUUAGGGUUUGGGUACAGUGAGUUCCAGAAGUUGUGCCCGUCCGUGGGUGGUCGCUGCCUCGAUCUGCUGUUUUGGCGCCCUCGACCAUGACCCUGGUUGCCGUUGUCGCGCCCUUGUCCGCAUCCAAAGCCACCACGCUGCCCGGAGGAGGAACCAUCACCAUAGUUGCUGCCAAAAAAGUGUCCCCCGCUGCUGGAGUUGCUGCCGUGAGGAGAGUCGCACCCGCCGGUCCCGCCGUGCUAUCCGCCUGCGUAGCUACUGCCGCCAUGCCCCGCCAGCAGCGCCGUGCUACUGUUGCUGCCCAGGGGGGUCCAUUGUCGGUCAAAGAGGAGGAGGGCCGACCGGACCUGAAGAAAACUCGGCAUGGGAUCUUGAAAUUGAAGGAACGAGGUCUGAGCUUGGAGAUCUUAGGGGAGGCCGCGUAGCAUCUGAAGAAUCAAUUAGUGCUCUGAAACAGGGGCGUCGAUGUCGUCCAACCAAUCCGCAAUCUUCCGGAGUUCUUGACAAUAAGAGGCCAUGGGGGUGGAUCCCUUGACUGUGGUACGGAAUUGGUGCUCGAGCUGCAUGGCGCGAGCAUGCUUGUUGUCGUGAAACAGAUCAUGAAUCAUCGUCCAGAGAGCAGAGGCAGAGGAGGUGGAGGUCAGAACCAAAUCAGAGACUUCAUCAGUAAUAGUGGAAAGAAUCCAGCCUUGGAGAAUGGCGUCAAGUUGGUACCAUU